CAAUAUACUGUCCGGACAAGUAGUCCGUUGUCUUCCGGCCAUUCUCAGACUCAUCCCUCAACAAAUUCAUUCGAUAUCGAAAUGUGUAGUGUUGCGCUGAUAAAUGAGUGCUACGAAGAGGCUGAGCGUUUGGUUUUGGAGGCAGGAAAAUUAAUCAUUGCAGUAUUCGAUACUGAAAAAUCCGUGGAGCAGAAGGAUGAUGAUGGUGUGGAUCUGGUCACAGAGUACGACCGAAAGAUUGAAGAAAUGCUCGUAAAAAAUUUAACUAGGAAAUUUCCUGAUCACCGAUUCAUUGGCGAAGAAGAAACGGCAAAGUCUAACAUACUCCCAGAAUAUACAGACGCUCCGACAUGGAUAAUCGAUCCCAUCGAUGGAACCACUAAUUUUGUCCACUGUUUCCCAAACAUUGGAAUAUGCGUGGCCUUUUCAGUAAAUAAAAUUAUUGAGUUUGGAAUUAUUUACAAUCCCGUUACAAAGCAAAUGUUCACUGGGAGGAGGGGACAGGGGUCUUGGCUGAAUGGAAAACGAUUGAAAACGUCGACAAGGCGAGAUUUAUCUAAAUGUCUCGUUGGCAUGGAGCCUUGGAUCGCUCGAGACAAAAAUUACAGGCCAAGUGUAUACAGAAGAACAGAUGCAGUUAUUCAAAACACUAGAGGAUUACGAGUAUUAGGAACAACUGCACUGAUGCUCUGUUACAUCGCAAUGGGGGCGAUAGAAGCUUAUCACGUAGAAAGUGUCUAUGCAUGGGACGUAGCCGCUGCCAAAGUUAUCUUGGAAGAGGCGGGUGGUGUAAUAAUUGAUACUUCAGGUGGAGAACUCGAUCUGCUGCAGCCUAAAGUGAUUGCCGCCUGCAAUCGUUCGAUUGCAGAUCAAUUGGUUCAGCUAUUCAAGGACGCCUCGUCGGAAUCUGGAGACUCAACCAUGGAAGCGCUGAUCAAUUCAUAAAGGAAAGAGUCUCUGAGCGUGGUGACGUCUUCAACCUUCAAGCCUUCACCUACCAUCUCUAUACAAGUAUGAGCGAUUGAAAGUAUUAAUUCAAAAUGUAAUAUAAUGUGCAUUCCGAAUGAAUAAAUACGAGAGUUUAUAAUCCAC